AUGGCUAUAACUCCAAUUUCGAACAUUCGAGUGACCACUCGCCAGAUUCCCGAGUGGCACUAUAUACCGAACACUUCGAUGCAAUCUAAACCGCUCAUGAUAUACCAUGGAGCCUUCGAUGCCACAUCUGCAGAGCUCGAGGGUCACCUGGAGACAGUGGGUGAGGUCGUUCCUCAUUGGCCAAACCCACUUCCAUUCCACAACGCAAGAGGUACUCGGGAUCAUUUCAGGGAGUGCGCGUCUUGUUUUGGAGGCGACGAUAACCCUGAGCGAUUUGAACCGACGGUCCAGCGCGGUGAUUUGAUCAUUGUACCCGCGGGGGUGGGCCAUCGACUCUUGGAGGACCUGCAUGGGAACCAGGAAGAGUUCCAAAUGGUUGGCGCAUAUCCACACGGAAAACAGUGGGAUAUGUGUUAUGGGAAACCAGAAGAGAAAGCAAAGGUGCAGAGAAUCAAGGAUGUGGCGUGGUUCCGUCAAGAUCCGUUGUAUGGCGUUGACGGCCCAGCGUUGCACGUCUAG